AUGCAAGCAAAGCGCAGGUUGAUCAAAAAUUCAGGAUUAUCAAAGGCACAGAAGGACUUCCUCAACACCUAUUUUGAAGUGAAUCCAAAUCCAAAUAUUCAGGAAAGAGCGUACAUUGCAUGUCAAUCAUUAAUAUCCGAGAAGAAAAUCAGAAACUGGUUUCAAAACAGGAGAGCCAGAGAAAGAGGCGAUUGUAAGGCAUCGCCGUGUCUAAGUACUUUUAAUGGAAAUGCCUCUGAAAGCUACAUUUCUAAGGUUCAUCCAACUUCGAACGAUCUCUAUAUUCGAAGAUAG